AUGCCUUCAAUUCGGUACGUAAAUCAGACUGCUCCCUUUUGGGACUUUGUCGCCAGCCUUGAGAACCAAGGCCCCUCCAACCCCUUCGCCGGUCCCUCCAGGGAAAACCACGAGAGCUCCGACGAAGAGGGAGCCCCUCGCGGCUGGGGUCGCGGUCCCUGGAUGGGUCCCGGAGGCCCACGUGGCUGGCACCGAGGCCCUCCUCCGCCGUGGGGCCGCCAUGGACCUCACCCGCCUCCUCCUCCCCACCCCGAGGGCCACCCUCCGCCUCCCCACCACGGCGGUCCUCCGCCUCCGCCGCCGCCCCAUCACGAGGGCGCUCCUCCGCCGCCUCCGCCCGCGGGAUCCGACUCCGAAGAUGCCGCCCAACAGCCUCAGGAAGGUGAGCCGCGCCACGACGGGCCACCACCCUACCCACACCACCACCACCAGCGUCGCGGCCACUGCGGCCGUCGUGGCGGCCGUCCCGGCAGCUUUGGCGGACGCGGCGGAAACCCUUGGGGCCCCUUCAUGUUCGGCGGCGGCCCCCACCACCAAGGUCCCUUUGGAGGAUUCGGCGGCUUCGCCGACCUCGCCGACGCGAUGCAGAAGCACUUCUACGGGGACAACAAGAACGAAGAAGGAGAGAGCGGUCAGGGCGACUUCCAGCCCGAGGCCGACGUCUUCGACACCGAGAGCGCGUACGUGAUCCACGUGUCCCUUCCCGGUGCGAAGAAGGAAGACAUCGGCGUCAGCUGGGACGCCGAGAAGAGCGAGAUCGCCAUCACCGGCGUUGUCCACAGGCCCGGAGAUGAGGACUUCAUCAAGACGCUGGCCCUGAAUGAGAGGAAGGUUGGGCCGUUCGAGCGCAAGAUUAGGCUUGGCUCCCGCGCCAACCCGGCGCAGGUUGACGAUGAUGCCAUCACCGCCAAGCUGGAGGAUGGUAUCUUGAGGGUCGAGGUGCCCAAGCUCGACAAGGACUAUGUCGAAAUCAAGAAGGUCGACAUUUUGUAG